AUGGCAGGAAGAGGAGAUAAUAAGAAUAAGAAACGAACUAUGGGGAGGAAUCAAUACAGGAAACAAAUUAUAGAUAAACGAGGCCAGAAAGAUGGCGAGCAUGCCCAGAAAAAGCGCAAGUUGGAUGACGGAGAACAGCCUGCACCAAUAUAUGCUACCCAUUUCUCUGCCGAGGAUAUUGCAGAGGAGCAAAGACGGCCGAAAAAGAAGGUUGCAGUCAUGAUAGGCUACUCUGGAACUGGUUAUCAUGGAAUGCAAUUGAGUCCCAAGGACAAGACGAUUGAAGGCGACCUCUUCGCGGCCUUUGUGGCCGCUGGCGCAAUCUCCAAGGCCAACGCAGCGGACCCCAAGAAGUCUUCGCUCGUCAGGUGUGCUCGCACAGACAGAGGCGUUCAUGCUGCUGGAAAUGUCGUGUCACUGAAACUGAUUGUCGAGGACUCCGAUAUCGUUCAAAAGAUCAACGAGCACCUGAACCCCCAAAUUCGCGUGUGGGGUUAUGAGGUCGUGACCAAAAGUUUCAGUGCUUACCAGCUUUGCGACUCUCGCAUGUAUGAAUACCUCAUCCCGACACACUGCUUUCUUCCACCGCACCCCAGUACGUAUCUGGGCAGGAAGCUACCGGAUAUUGCAGAACAACAUGGCGAUUUGGAUAACUAUCUUGCUCGGCAACACGAAGUCGCCGACUUUUGGAAGGAAAUUGACGAGAAAGAGAUCAAGCCGAUAUUGGCCAACGUUCCCGAAGAAAUCAGGGCACUGGUACAGGGGGCUCUCUACCUUGAAGACGGCCAAGAAGCCGAGGUUGCCGAUGAGGCAGCAAGCAAAGCCGAAGCCGCGACUGCGACUGCGACUGAUGAGGAUGUUGAUCCGUCAGCUGAGGCCGCGCCUGCGACUGAUGAGAACGCUGCUCCUUCAGCUGAAGCUGCGACUACGACUGAUGAGAAUGCUGCUCCAUCAACAACUGAAAAGCCGCAGAUUGGCAAAAGACCAAGGCCGGCACCUGAGCAGAGGGAAAUUGUAUACGAAACCAUCAAACAAAUCAAGGCCGCCUACGUGAAAGCCAAACAAGCAUAUCGAAUCCCAGAAGUCCGUCUCCAAAGAGUCCAGGAUGCGCUAGACCAGUACGUGGGCACUCACAAUUUCCACAAUUACACGAUUCAAAAGGAAUCCACCGACCCUUCUGCCAAGCGUGUCAUCAAGUCCUUCAAAGCCAAUCGCCAACCCGUAAUCAUCAACGGCACAGAAUGGGUCAGUCUAAAAGUCCAUGGACAAAGUUUCAUGAUGCAUCAAAUCAGAAAAAUGGUCGCCAUGGUCGCGCUGAUCGUGCGCUGCGGAGCCGAUCCAAAACUCAUCCAGGAGACCUACGGUCACACCAGAAUAUCAAUCCCCAAAGCACCUGGUCUGGGUCUUCUCUUAGAACACCCGAUCUUCGAUACGUACAACAAGAGAGCUGUAGCAGAAUUUUCCCGGCAGAAGAUCAGCUUUGACAAAUAUGAGAAGGAAAUGAACGAAUUCAAACAACGAGAGAUUUAUGACCGCAUGUUCAGAGAAGAACUAGAAUCCAAUUCGUUCGGAUAUUUCUUCAAUCACAUUGAUCAUUACCCAGGAGAGACCUUUUUCUACAUCACUUCAGGCGGAAUCCCAGCAUCUCAAGCCAAAGUAGAGACCUCGUCCAAGGAAGAAGAAGUCAAGGAAGAAGUGAUGGCAAAGGUGGACUCGGAUUCGGAAGCUGAAUUUGCUGGCGAAGAGGGCGGUUGA